GUGCGGCUCCGUCCCGGCUUUGUUGUGCUCGGGCCCGGGGGCGGGGAAGCGGAGGGAAGCGGAGGGAAGCGGGGAAGGCUCCGCUCCUCCUCCGCGGCCCCGGCCCCGCUCAUGGCGACGCUGGGCACAUCCGGGCCUCUCCUCCUUCUCCUCCUCCUUCGGCGGCCGCCGCUGCCCUGAGCGCCCGGCCCGGCUCCAUUCGCGCCUCCCCCGAGCCCUUGGCGGAGCAGCGGCGGGGGAGCCCCGGCCGGGGCCAUGUCCAACCCGGGGGCCCGGCGGAACGGGCCCGUCAAGCUGCGGCUGACAGUACUGUGUGCAAAAAACUUGGUGAAAAAGGACUUUUUCCGACUUCCUGAUCCCUUUGCAAAGGUUGUGGUGGAUGGAUCUGGCCAAUGCCAUUCUACAGAUACUGUGAAGAAUACACUUGAUCCCAAAUGGAAUCAGCAUUAUGACCUAUACAUUGGGAAGUCGGAUUCAAUAACGAUCAGCGUGUGGAAUCACAAGAAAAUUCAUAAAAAGCAGGGAGCUGGUUUUCUGGGUUGUGUCAGGCUUCUCUCAAACGCCAUCAACCGCCUUAAAGACACUGGUUAUCAGAGGUUGGAUCUCUGCAAGCUUGGGCCAAAUGACAACGAUACUGUUAGAGGACAGAUAGUAGUCAGUCUUCAGUCCAGAGACCGAAUAGGCACAGGAGGACAAGUUGUGGAUUGCAGUCGGUUAUUCGAUAACGAUUUACCAGAUGGGUGGGAGGAGCGCAGGACAGCUUCUGGAAGGAUCCAGUAUUUAAACCACAUCACACGGACAACUCAGUGGGAGCGACCCACACGGCCAGCAUCGGAGUACUCGAGCCCGGGCAGGCCCCUGAGCUGCCUGGUGGAUGAGAACACCCCCAUCGGCGGCACCAACGGCGCGUCCUGCGGGCAGGCGGCGGAUCCGCGGCUGGCCGAGAGGAGGGUGCGCUCGCAGAGGCACAGGAACUACAUGAGCAGGACUCACCUGCACACCCCUCCCGACCUGCCCGAGGGAUAUGAGCAAAGGACAACUCAGCAAGGUCAGGUCUAUUUUCUGCAUACUCAAACUGGUGUCAGCACGUGGCACGAUCCAAGAGUACCUAGGGAUCUUAGCAACAUCAAUUGUGAAGAGCUUGGUCCACUGCCUCCUGGAUGGGAGAUCCGAAAUACAGCAACGGGCAGGGUUUAUUUUGUUGACCAUAACAACAGAACGACGCAGUUCACGGACCCGCGGCUCUCUGCAAACCUGCACUUGGUCCUCAACCGGCAGAACCAGCUGAAGGACCAGCAGCAGCAGCAGCAGCAGGUGGUGUCCCUGUGCCAGCUCCCGGACGAGGCCGAGUGCCUGACGGUGCCGCGCUACAAGCGCGACCUGGUGCAGAAGCUCAAGAUCCUGCGGCAGGAGCUGUCCCAGCAGCAGCCCCAGGCUGGCCACUGUCGGAUCGAGGUCUCCAGGGAGGAGAUUUUUGAGGAAUCCUACAGGCAAGUCAUGAAGAUGAGGCCAAAAGACCUGUGGAAACGAUUGAUGAUAAAAUUUCGUGGGGAGGAGGGCCUUGAUUAUGGAGGUGUGGCCAGGGAGUGGCUGUACCUGCUGUCCCAUGAAAUGCUGAAUCCAUACUAUGGGCUCUUCCAGUACUCCCGAGAUGACAUUUACACGCUGCAAAUCAACCCCGACUCCGCUGUCAACCCGGAACACUUGUCCUAUUUCCACUUUGUGGGCAGGAUCAUGGGGAUGGCUGUGUUCCAUGGGCACUACAUUGACGGCGGCUUCACGUUGCCUUUCUACAAGCAGUUGCUUGGGAAGCCAAUUACUUUGGAUGACAUGGAAUUGGUGGACCCUGAUCUCCAUAACAGCUUAGUUUGGAUACUUGAGAACGACAUCACCGGGGUCCUGGACCACACGUUCUGUGUGGAGCACAACGCCUACGGGGAGAUCAUCCAGCAUGAGCUGAAACCCAACGGCAAAAGCAUCCCCGUGACUGAGGAGAACAAAAAGGAAUAUGUCAGACUUUAUGUGAACUGGCGGUUUUUACGAGGAAUCGAAGCUCAGUUUCUGGCGCUGCAGAAGGGAUUUAAUGAAGUAAUCCCACAACAUCUGCUGAAGACAUUUGAUGAGAAGGAGCUGGAGCUCAUCAUUUGUGGACUGGGAAAAAUCGAUGUUAACGACUGGAAGGCAAAUACCAGGUUAAAACACUGUACCCCCGACAGCAACAUCGUCAAGUGGUUCUGGAAGGCUGUGGAGCUCUUCGACGAGGAGAGGAGGGCGCGGCUGCUGCAGUUCGUGACCGGCUCCUCGCGGGUGCCUCUGCAGGGCUUCAAGGCGCUCCAAGGUGCUGCAGGCCCACGACUCUUCACAAUACACCAGAUUGAUGCCAGCACUAAUAAUUUGCCUAAAGCUCAUACCUGCUUCAACAGGAUCGACAUUCCUGCCUACGAGAGCUACGAGAAGCUCUACGAGAAGCUGCUCACGGCCAUCGAGGAGACCUGUGGCUUUGCUGUGGAAUGACCCUGCCAGCCUCUCCCACACUCUAUUUAUACUCCUGUCAGCCAGAAAGCCCUUCCUUCCCUCAGCCAAGACUCAAGAAAUGCUUGAAAUACAGGAAACUUUCCCUUUUCUACACUAGGACAUUGGGAGGGAAAGGACAACUUUUGGAUUUUUUUUUUAAUUUUUAAAUUUUUUUAUUUCAAGAAAAUAGGUUCUGUGGUUCCUGCCAUAGGAUCAUUCAGCUGCUAUUAAAAACUAAUAUCUUGAACAUACAGAAUGCUGACUUUUCCUACAUUUCAACAGUUAAGCAGUAUUCUAUACUUAAAGACUACUACUAUUUUUGUAAGAGGUAAUCUAUUAUAUUUGCCUACCUGAUUUCUAUUCUCAGAUACCAAGACACAACUUCAGCAGUCGGUACAAGUCACGUUUCAGCCUGUUUUAAAUGUAUGAUACUGAACAGCAUCUAUACCUGCUAUUUUUGGAAAAAAAAAUAUUUUGGAUUAUUCUAACUUUGCAUAAAAUUGGCUGAAAGAAUCAUUAAUCUUUUUAAUGAAAGCCACUUACAUGUUAACUGCAUUUUCUUAUAGUAAACCAUUAUAUUCUGCAAUGUAAAUUCCAGGUAAAUGUUGCCACAGGGGCUUUUUUUUAUAUUUUUCAAGCAGGAAUUCCGAAUAUGAUGUUUUGGGGUCCUAUUUAUAUCACUUGUCAGAUUCCUCCAGCAGAAUUUCUAGUGAGUGACACAGACUAUUUGGUACAGUCCUUGUGUUUACAUGUGGAAUAACCUUUUCUUAAUGAACAGUAGAUGUUUUGAUUUUUUUUUUAAACAGCAUUUUUCUAACAAGUCUGUCAAGAGUACUUUUUGUUGCUUUUGACCUUAAAUUAAAACACUGCAUUUUUCAGCUGUUGAAGCACUGAUGGGCUUUGCCAGCAGAAGCCUGUCAGCAGUUUGUUCCAGAAUCCAUCCUGUCCAGUCAACCAAAGUUUGUUUGAAUGCAGCCAAAUCAUAUUCUGUAUUUGUUGAUGCUAAAGAUUUAUCAGGUAAAACAUGUUGUAAUCUCUGUCCAGCUGCUCAUGACACGUGGGUUUAAGUUACAGCUAAGGAAAAAUGGUGUAUUGACUGAAAUAUGUGUAAUGUGCUUUGGAAAUGAGGUUGUUGUAAGAGCACAUAAUUUAUUGAUUGUAGGGAUGGAAGUAAGUAUAUAUAUGAUUUAUAGCAUGGGUUGAUCUCUUCAAAGGGGAAUAAAAUGCACUACCAGUAGAGGGAACUGAACUUUGAUGUUAGUUUGGAAAUUCUCAGCUGAGAUCUGUCUGAUCUGCUCUUGGUGUGUGGAUAAAUCAGGCUGCUUCAGAGACAGUGCCCUUCUCCUCUCAGCCAUGAGAAUAUUUGGAAUAAGUAGCAGUUUUUUUCCAAUCAGUGUUGUGUUUUUGUAACUUAGGUUACAAUUAAUCAUCAAAUCUGCACUAUUUUUUCACUGCCAAUGAGAAGAAAGUCAAAGGUAUUGAAAAUGCUGAAGGGAUGGGAUGUAAGCAGCUGUUCCAUGUUUGCAGUGUAAGUCACAGUGAACCAGCUAUUUACUGUCUGUUCUGUGGAGCUUAAACUCAGUUUUGCUCUGCCAAGUCUGACUGCCACAGUGAGUAAAUACUACUGGAUGUUGUGUGUUAGAAUAGUGGGCAAGGGACUACUUUUAUAGAAUUGUGGUGAGAAUCUGGUGAGCCAAAGCCACAUGUUGGUUUGAUUAUUUCUGUUGUACAGCUGUUGCUGGCAGGUUUGUUCCAAGGGACUUUGCUUCCCUUUCUGGGCUGGCUGCAGGAUGAGGCUACUUAGGGAUGGAAACAGAAAGCCAAGAGACUUGCUGGGACAGCCAGGUUUGAACACAGCAGAGCCUUUUCAUUUCUCCUUUCCUUUCCCUUUCUUUUCUCCUUUUCCCUUUCCCUUUCUUCUUUUUCUUUUCCUUUCCAGUGGACUCCUGCACUCCUGUUGAAGGGCUGCUACUUCUGCAUCCCUGCUGGGCUCCCCAGGCAGCUGUGGCAGCUGUAACCCUGCCCCUGUGCAGCUCUGGGGAGCCCAGCAGGUUCCUGCCCUGAGCUGGUCACUCCAGGUGCUGCCAUGGUGGGGCCAUUCCAGCCCUGCCCAGAGCUCUGCUCAGCCCCUGCCAGCUCUGAGGCUCAGUGGCUGCUGCAGGGCUCUUACAGACACUUCCCUGGGCUGUUCACAGGACUCACCCCAGUGUCAUGGAACUGACAGAAGUGAUUUUUUAAGGGGUUGGGUUUUUUUGUUUUAGCCCCUGUGUUUGCCCAGCCUGUGGCCACAGCCUCCCUGGGCAUGGAACAUGGCAAAUAUGAAAUUUGGCUGGUGGAUUUACUGAAUGCAUAGUUAUGGUCACCUUGCUGUCACAAAAGCACCUUUGGGGAGGGAGGAGAUGAGCUCUGCAGAACAGAGACCUGAGAUCAGCUGAUAAUUACAUUCAUUUUCACAGCAGCCUUAGCAGUACAUCUGGUUUUCUACUAAACAUUUUUGUAUGGCAUUGAGAAUUUUUUUAAACUGCUACAGAUAUUGUAAAUUUAAUAUAUUAUAGGCAAAACUAGGCAAAUCUGCAUUGAACUUUCCAUAGCUGACAGAUGAGGAUGAAUAUACCAAGUAUUUUGAGUGCCUUUCUACCUUCAUAAAGACUGAGAGCUUUAACUAAAGCACCUCAUCACCCAGUUUGUUUAUCUGAAAGUGGUAAAGGGUUGAUUCCUUUCCAAAAUUUUGUUUCAAGAACAUGUCAGCUACUUUCCCCUCAAAAAGGUGCUAAGCCUAAUAUUGCAUUUUAACCUUGGACUUUCACCCCAUGAUUAAUGUGAAUAUUUAUUUCAAUGUGUCCCUCUUACUGGGUUUUACUUUAUCCAGUCUUUAGUUGUUUUAGAGAGAUGUCACAUCAUGGUUUUAUGCUGUUGCUUUUCAUUAUGAAUGUUUAAUUAUGAACAGUGACUUUUGUAGAUUUCAAAUAUACAGUUCACAGUUGAGUUUCAGAGGAUUUAAUUUCUCGGUGUAAAGAGUUUUGUAAUGGUGCUUUGUACAGUAUGUAUUCUAAUUUUUUUUUUUUUUUUGCACAUAGGUUCAGUUUCCCUAAACUGAUUUAUUUGUACCAAAUUUUUGUGUUGUACUAAAGUCCAGAGCACACAAGCUGUUUUGAAAUUCCUGUUCCACAACACUACAUGUGUACUGAACUCCUGGUGUGUUUAAAAGGCUGCAUGGAUGGAAGUUCAAGCUCUGCUCCUCUGUCACAGCACCAUCCUCCAGCUCAAUGUAGCAUCUUUUUAAACAGCACCACACAGUUAACAGGUGCCAUUUGUUGUACUUUACACUAUGUAGUAGGUUCCAGGCUCUGCACAUCCUCAGUUCUUUGUCUGUAGUUGUAAUUAGUUUAUACAAGUGUAAUUACUCCUCCACAAACUGACAGUUCUUAGUUUAUCAUUUCCAUUGUAUUUAUUACAGAGUGUUUUAGCAUUGGUAUCAUUGUAUUUUCACCCAGCUGUUACAUGAGCUUUAACAAAAAAAAAAAAAUCUGUAUAAAAUGGUUUUUAAGUACUUAAUGUAUGUACCCAUGCAGAAGUUGAGCAAUAAAUUGUAUGCUGUUUGCACUGUCACAGCAUCAAUGGUUUUAAAA